UUUUUUUUUUGGCUGUAUCUUGCAUAGCUUUCCUCAUAGGCAAAGGGGAUUCUGGUGUCUUAUGUAAAAAGAUGUUUAAAUUUAUUGCGCUUUAUUGUAUUGAGGAUGGGGUGUAUUGGGCAUUUGGAUCCUGAUCUUGUCUUUGAGUGUGGGCUGAUUAUGCUUAGUAUUAACUAUGACCUUAUGAAUGCCUUGUAAACAUUACACAGAGUAGACAGUACUGAUCAAUACUCCAUUUUGUAAGCUUCUCGACCAAAAGUUGCAUAGAACUGAUGGAGUCAUUGUCUUUAUCAUCUCAGUUUAGUAUAAGAAGCUUGACGAUUUCUCAAAUAGGAAGAGCCCAUGGAGGGGCAAUUCUUGAUUUUGUUAAAGUACGCAAGUUUCCUGCUAAAACCGGCUAUUUAGCACCAAGGUUGUGCUUGACCGUCGCAAAUGGUGGCUUUAAAGGGGAAAGGAAUUGUAUUAAAGUUGGUGAUGGUGUGAUAAUUGUUGACCAUGGAUCGCGUCGAAAAGAGUCCAAUCUUAUGCUAAAUGAGUUUGUGGCAAUGUUUCAAGAGAAAACCAAGUACCCCAUUGUGGAACCUGCUCAUAUGGAGCUGGCAGAGCCUUCUAUCAAAGAUGCAUUUAAUUCCUGUGUUCAACAGGGAGCACGUCGAAUUAUAGUUUCCCCAUUCUUCCUUUUUCCUGGACGACACUGGCAACAGGAUAUUCCUUCACUAACCGCCGAAGCUGCCAAGCUGCAUCCUGGGAUACCAUUCAUUAUUACUGCACCUCUUGGUGUCCAUGAAUUGCUUGUGGACGUUAUAAAUGACAGACUUGACCAUUGCUUAAGUCACAUUGAUGGGAAUGCAGAUGAGUGUUCAGUUUGUGCUGGUACAGGAAAAUGUCAACUUUAUGAAUAGCAUACUUUGAAUAUCUGAGGAUUCCUUGACCUAGAUAUUUGAAGAUGUAUUAUUCUUUUAACAAUAAAUACUACAUGGUCUGAAUAUAUUUACUGCUUCAGCCUUGUGAUUUUUUUAAAUUUAAAUUCUUCCUUGUGUCACCGACUUCUUGUAAUAUUGAUCAAUGAAGAAAAUUUGCAGUAGUAUUUAAAACUUGUAAUUGUCAGCUGUUAGAAG